GCCUUCUCCGGCGACCACUGUUUUCAUGGGCGAGCUCGCGACGUGCCGGUACAGCCACGGCAAGUGCAAGCUGCCGCGCGCCACCAAGAAGAAUGGCACGCUCCACACGCUCUGCGAGUACCACCGCACCAAGGCCUGCGCGCACCAGAAGAAGCUCGACGCCAAGCGCCGCAACGAAAAGCUCAAGCUCUUUCAAGACGACCCGUCGCUCCGCCCGCAAGGCCGCAAGCUCAUGGGCAAGCCGCUCUCGCCCAUGUUGAGUAGCAGCUGGCACGACAUCCACGAGACUGAGAACCGCGCACCGUUGCCGACGCGCCAGUUCAACUGGGACCACCACCCGUCGCCGCCGCCGCUCUCGCCGUCGUUCCUCAAGCCGCUGCCGGCGACGACGCACUACCAGCCGUCGGCGCAGGUGGCGCAGCACCAGCACCACUACGUGCAGGCGUACCCGACGUACGACCCGUCGCCGCGCGACGUCUACCAUGGCAACGAGUACGACGACGGACGCUACAAGUUUGCGCCGCCCACCUACCGCCAGGCACCAACGAGCAAGGCUGAGAACAGCUACCACGCCUUCAACGGGCGGCGAGAGUACUAUGCGCCGUCGCACGCGCAGUACAGUGAGCCGUUGCGGGCCGACCUCCUCUCGCCACGGGCGGCGUACGACUACUACGAGCCAAGCCACGAGGCCGAGCCGGCGUACGCGCGCUGGGGCAGCCAGCCCGUGGCGUACCAUUCGUAAAGCGCAGUGUCGUCCAUGUCGUCGUCCAUGUCGUCGCCGUGCCUGUACCAUACCGCCUCGUGUUGUCGCCGUUAUUAUUUUGCUGAAUUGUCUUUUUUAAACGCCCUUGCAUCGUUCUUUUAUUUGUGAAUCGUUCUUUUUUACUACCAGGACCGUCUUUUAUUCCUUUCGGUGUGAAAUGUGUCGUAUCG